GAAAACAAUGCUGCCCUAGAAGUGGGAGGAAACCAGAAGUGGAGGUGCCCUCCUUCUGGGGGUAGGAGUCAGCUAAUAGCCAUCCAAGGUGUGCAGGAGUGCUUUCACUCUGCGCAGGAAAGAUCAGAGAGAAGCCCAGAGCCUUGUCUGCUUGUGUUCCUGCUGGAGAAGGUGGAGUAUGGUGAGCUGCUGGCUAAGGACAGCCAGGCAACAUCAUGUUUGUGACGAUGUGCUCCACCUUCCCGUCUGUGCAUCCCAGCUCCUCCUGCCAUCCCAGCUCCUCCUGCCAUCCCAGCUCCUCCUGCUGAAACAGCUGAGCUUGCUUUUUGGAUUUCUUAGACUCCUGGCCUCCGAGAGAUGCCUCUAAGGACAAACUGACCUUGCAUUGGGAACUUUAUUAUCCAGAUCCUCAUAGGCUUUGUCUACUCUGGAUUGCUUGUUGCAACAGUUUUUAGGAAGCAUGAUUGUCUCCUAUACCAGCAUCUGCCUGUGUUUGCUUUUACCUACUCUGAGCAAGACCCAGUGAGGCCGUAGCCCUGUUGGUCCUGAAAAGCCUGAAACCUGAGGCUGUUUCUCCUACAUCCCAAAUGCAUUUAUAGGCAAUAAGAAGCAAAGAAACAGUGGAAACAAUCAGGAGGAGAAAAAAGAAAACCUAAAAUUUUCAGUAUUCAAAAAUACCUGUCGUGGUGGUUGAUGCAGAGAACACUGCGUUCAUCAAAGAGCUUUGUUAUUGUUGGACAGAGAACAUCUUUGCUACAGGAACUGAUAUGUUUCGUCUUUCUGGCCUAGUCAAGGGAGGAUAAGUAAGUAUCUGGGGCAUGGAAGGAAUGCACUCUUGGGCUGUUUUGCUUGUAUCUGACUCACCCCUGACUCUCCAGUGAAGCAGAAAGGAAGAAACCUCACACCACCCAGGUGUGGCCAGACUUUGGCCAUUAUUGUGAAUCCCCAAGAGUUACUACGGGCCCUUCCCAAAUAUAUAUUUAAUCUUGUGGUUCCAAUAAGCUUUUGGCUCACAUCUAGCCACAUCAUAAAGAACGCUGUAGAAGAGGUGACAUGAUGAGGCGGGAAGAGGAGGAAGAGGAGGGAGCCAUGAUGAAAGCAAAAGGGGACUUAGAGAUGAAGGAAGAGGAGAUUAGUGAGACAGGAGAACUGGCUGGCCCUUUUGUGAGUGCUAUGCCCACUCCAAUGCCCCACAACAAGGGCACCCGGUUCUCUGAGGCAUGGGAGUAUUUCCACCUAGCCCCUGCUCGUGCUGGGCACCAUCCCAACCAAUAUGCCACCUGCCGCCUGUGUGGCAGGCAGGUGAGCCGUGGCCCUGGGGUCAAUGUGGGCAGCACAGCACUGUGGAGGCAUCUGAAAAGUAUGCACAGAGAGGAGCUGGAGAAGAGUGGCCAUGGUCAGGCUGGGCAGCGCCAGGAUCCAAGGCCCCACGGGCCCCAGCUCCCCACGGGCAUUGAGGGGGACUGGGGUAGGCUCCUGGAGCAGGUGGGCACAAUGGCUUUGUGGGCCAGCCAAAGGGAAAAGGAGGUGCUUAGGAGAGAAAUGGCAGUGGAAUGGCGGGAGAGGGCUGUGGAAAAAAGGGAGCGAGCCCUGGAAGAGGUGGAAAGGGCCAUCCUGGAGAUGAAGUGGAAGGUGAGGGCUGAGCAGGAAGUGUGUCAGCGGGAGAAAGAGUUGCCUGCAGCAGUACAUGCCUUCCAUUUUGUUUAAAUUGGGCUUGGAGAAUCUAUUCUGAAAACAUUGACUCUAGACUUGUACAAAAGAGCCAUUUUAGUUUCAACUCAAAUAUACAGCAAAGUAGUUUAGUGACAUUUUGCUUUUAUGUGAAAUAGUGCACAGUAUGAGUUAAUCUGAGCUGGUCUGAAUUGACCAAAUGCUUCUCUAUGAGGUUCCUAGAGCUCUGCUGACCCUUGGCCGAAACUCUAAAAUGUACCUAUUAAAGAUAAAUGCCUAUUACCUAUUAAAUGUACCUAUUAAAGGUAAGUUUUACCAAAGUAAAACUCUGUGAGUUGUUUCAGGGCAGAAGGUACCAGCCAGUCAGCAUUGUUUACCAAAAUAAUCAGAUUUUUGCCUAGCACUCUGUUUUGGUGGAGCUGAAGAUUUUGAGGGCUGAGGCUGGUUAAGUAGCUGGAAUGUGCCUAUGUGACCAGCUUACUUGCAGACACCCUGUGGGAAGCAGAGCUUAAUCUUCCUGGGACUGAGGUCUUAGCAUAUGUACUGGUGGUGCUUCCAGGCAACCAGUAUGAAUACAAAGCUUGUUCUGUGUGACCCAGCAAGUGGAAGGACAAAGAAUUGUGAGCCUCAGAUCUUUGGAUCCUUGCAAUACAUAUCUUUCUCCUGUUAUUGCUGCGAUGUAUUUUCUUGCUUAUAUUAAAGCUGUUUCAUCAGUA